AUGGAGGAAACUAGAGGAGUCCCUUUAAGAUGACACGCACAGACCCUCCUGACUUACUGGUAUCAACUGUGCAUCGAGAUAUUAAAGUGAUCCCCUUUUCUAGACACUACAAGUCCUUGCAACCCUCCAAACAAUGUGAUUCUAUAAACUACACACUGGAGGACAGUAAGAGCAAAGUCAAUAAGAGGCACUGCCGUACCUUUGACUAUAAGUCAUUGGAGUACCCAAAAUCAAACUCAAUGGAGUCCCCUUACAAGAAUACUGAUAGGCAUGCGGCCAACCCAGAUGUUGCCUGGAAUGCCUUGGGCCGUCAGCAGAGAUACCGCUUCUCUGCUCCGGACAUUUUCAGCCAUAGGCUACCUCCUCAACCAUUGGCUGCAGAUAUGCCCAGUGAAGUCAUUGUCCCUGAACAAAAGAGAAGGACCAGGUCAAGAAGUGCCCCUCGGGUCCAGACCAGUCUCACCCCUGUGUCUUUUGAAGUGUCCUCCUCUUCGGGGAGGAAGGGCAGGGAUUCCCAAAGGGCUUCAAAAGAUUCUCGCUUGAGGCCAGAAGUAUCGCCGCGCAGGGAGUCGUCCCAUGCAGCAACUAGGGCUCAUAUGCAUGACGUCCAUCACAUUAAAUUGCAGCCACAAAUGGGUGACAGUAGUAGGUACUCACCUCACUAUGCUACGGAUAAUCCUGAGGGCGGAGGGCUUGAUAAACCAGCAACUAGCCCUCAUGUCAGGUGCCGAGUGGACAUUAAACCAGAUGAUGCAGCGCUACAUCAUUCUGGACGGAAACAAGCUACACCUCAUGUGGACAUACCCUGGCAGAGGCACCACAGUGGGGGGAGUAGGAGUAUGACUGUGCCACGCCAUUUCUCUUACUCAAGAACAACAACUCCGACUGAUUCGUUAGGUCGAGAGGGUAGGCAAGCUUAUCAAUAUUCCCGCAGCAUGCCCAAUAGUUACUUACAACCCAUGGAGAGUCCCUUGCAAAGAACAACUUCGUCAGGCGAAUACUAUGGUAGGGAACGCAGAGCUCAUUCAAGUCCUAAUGUGCCAACCAAGUUAUUUUAUGCAGAUGACCCAGGGAGAUAUGUCGCUUCUGCUCCACCUCAGCCAAGUUCUCGCUUUCAUGAUGAACGUUACACACCUGGACAAACAAAUACUACAAAAGUGCAAUAUGUGCAAGAUCCAAGGACUCGAAUGGUGCACGCUGUAGCAACAAGACCCUAUUACCCUGAGAUGGAACCCUAUCAAUACUCUGUGCAGUCCGGGUAUCCCAAACCCUACGCACCCAAUGAACCAGGGCCAUACAUCAUACAGACACCUCCAACAAGAAUAUUUUAUGGGGAUGAUCCAAGGUCUUAUCAAAUCCAGACAGCUCCACCAAGGUUUUAUUAUUCCAGCGACAUGUACGCAAUGCCCCCAGAGCAUCAUGUCCCAGCAAGGGCGUAUUACACCGAGGGCCGAAGACAUGCUCGAGUGAUUCAGGCACAAACAGAGGACUGGUAUGGCUCAGAUGCUUCUGGUUAUUCCACCAACCCUGCCUCUUAUGUAUCUCAAGUCACUCCAACCAGAGUUCGUCCAGAGCCUGCGCCCGCACCCUGGUACGCCAACCCAUGUGUAGAACCUCCAAGAAUUGGCACAGAAUCAAAAUCUUACUCAAGGUCAUGGGACAAUAUUCUCGACUCUCGUGUAGAGCGAGAACAACCUAUUCCUGUACAGCGGGGUCAAAGCUAUGAUGAUCUUCUUGACUCCAGGAAGCCUGCAGCAGCCACCGGGGACAAACCGCAACCCGUGGUAGUCAAUCUUUCCAGUUCUCCAAGACGUUAUGCGGCCUUAUCCAUGUCUGAUAACUCACUCGUUGACAAAAGCCCAACCGAGACAUCAAAGGGCAGUACUAGUAAACUCUGGUUUGUAACUCCUGAGAUAACAAUCACUGAUAAUGACAUGCGACCGGGGAAACUUAAUAAGGCUGAAGGACGGUCUGCCAGUUGGGACGUUCUUGACUCCAGAAGCACAGAAGAUCAAGGACUGUGUCAGCGUGACUUUGACAGCUCAACCAAAGAGAAGACACACGACAAUGCCUCACUACAACAAAGCCUUGAACAACUUGAUGAGCUUCUGGCAGAUCUUGUGACUGAUUACAAGCCACCCAGUAGAAGGGCAAGUGAGGACAUUCUUGAACAAUUAAAGAAGUUAAUUGAUGAGGAGGAAGCAGUAUCUCUGUCCAGAAAGAGCUCGAGGGCAUUUACAAAUGAACCACCUCCUCUUGACAAGCAGCCAACGUCAAUAAGAAUUAAUCCUGAUUCUUUCCAUGACAUCGGGGGCAGUGAUGCUAUGAAGAGUGCAGAUGAGUGCUCCCCAGAUCAGAGCCCAGAUGAGGAUGAUACAAUGAUGUGCUCUAAUAACAAAUGCAGGAGGACGGAGACCCUCUUCAAUGCUUGCCUGUAUUUCAAAUCCUGCCAUAGCUGCUACACCUACUACUGCUCUCGUAAUUGUCGCAGGGAAGACUGGGACAUUCAUAAAGCAAACUGCCUGUAUGGAAGAAUGGGAAGCAUAUGUCGUCACAUCAUCAAACACUGCCGGGAGACUGUUGAAGUCCACAAAGCCUUCUCCCGUAUUGCCAAAGUUGGCUACCUUUCACGAGGUAGAGGAGUUCUUUUCCUUGGUUUUCCAAAUCCUGCAUCAUCAAGUAACUUCCUACAGUAUGGCCUGGAUACUCUUCCAAUGUCUCCUACAUACCUAUCCCUCCGAGAGCUUGAAAGCUUCAAGGACAACCUAGGGGAGUACUGUAAGGAGCUUCAGGAAGCUGGGAAAGAGUACGACCCUAACGAAUGUUUCAUCUUGAAUGUAUCCAUUGCCGUUGGUGACCAAAUGCCCGAGGGGCCAUCACCACGGAACGAAGCUCCAACCGUCAGAAAAUAUGCAAAGGUAGCCCUGGCUUCCUUUAGCCCUGAGAGAAAGGUUCACAAGAAAGAGACGGACAUGGAAACGCUGAUCCUCACUCCACCCCCUGGAACAGCAGACAUCGACAAAGAGGGAGAGGAAGGCAGGAAGGCUAGGGAAAUCUGUUUUAUUAAUAUACAACGGGAGUUAAGGAUCAGAGGGGUUUUCCUACGCCAUGAAUUCCCACAGGUGUAUCAACAGCUCUGUGAGUUUGUGGAAAAUAACAGAAGGUUCACACCCACGACCAUUUAUCCGAUUGAUAAGAGGACCGGUAAACAGUUCAUGUGCAUGAUAAUGGCUGCCUCUGAGCCCCGGACAUUGGACUGGGUGGGCACCCCGCAUCUCCUCGAUGACAUCAUUUAAGUGCACCUUUUGUUGUAAAUAUAUAUGUAUAGAAAUACAUAUAUAUUGUUACACAUAUUUAUAUAUCAAUCCAAUUACA